AAGAGGCGGAGCAAUAAGGAUUCAACAUCAAAUUACUGAAAUGAAAGUGGAAGUUAGUGAAAGUAAAAUUAGAGCUGCAGACAGGUCAAUCUCCGUAUCUAAAGAAGAAAAAGAGGAGUUUUUUUUUUUCUCUCAACAAAAAACUGGAAUGCAGACUGCAGACAUGUUUGCUGCUAGUAAUCUGCGACCUGAAGAUCAGUUUCUGUGCUCCAUCUGCCUGGAUGUGUUCACUGAUCCAGUCACCACACCAUGUGGACAUAACUUCUGCAAAAACUGCAUCACCCGGAACUGGGACAUUAAUGUUAGGUGCAAGUGUCCGCUGUGUAACAAACUGUUCAAGAGACGACCUGAACUGGAAAUAAACACUUUGUUCUCUGAGAUGGUUGCUCAGUUCAGAGAUGAAGCUCAACAGAAUGCAAGCAGCAGCUCAGAGCAACAAGCUGCCAAACCAGGAGAAGUUCCCUGUGACUACUGCACUGGAACCAGACUGAGGGCCCUGAAGUCCUGCCUGGUGUGUCUGACCUCCUACUGUGAGACUCACCUAGAACCUCAUCUGACAAUCAAAGGUCUGAAAAGACAUCAGCUGAUUGAGCCUGUGGAGAACCUGGAAGGCAGGAUGUGUACGAAGCACGAUAAACAUCUGGAGCUGUUCUGUAAGACCGAUCAGACAAGUGUUUGCACGCUCUGCUCUGUUUUAGACCACAAGACUCAUGAGUUUGUACCUCUGAGAGAAGAAUCUGAAGAAAAGAAGACAGAGCUGAGGAAGAUGGAUGAUGAAAUUCAGCAAAUGAUCGAAAACAGACGACAGAAGAUUCAGGAGAUCAAUGAGUCAGUGAAGAUGAGUAAAGAUGCUGCAGACAAACAGAAAACAGAAGGUGUUCAGAUCUUCACUGUUCUGAAGGAGUUUAUUGAGAAAGACCUGAAGAAUGUCAUAAAGGAGAUAGAAGACAAACAGGAAACAACAGAGAAACAGGCUGAAGGUCUCAUCAAAGAGCUGGAAGAGGAAAUCUCCGAGUUGAAGAAGAGGAGCUCUGAGUUGAAGCAGGCCUCACGCUCUGAAGACCACCUCCACUUUGUGCAAAGCUUCUCAUCUCUGAAAGCUGUUCCACCUACCAAGGACUGGACAGAGGUCAUCGUCCUUCCACCAACAUAUGAGGGGACUGUGAUGAGAGCUGUGGCUCAGCUGGAGGAGACACUCAAAAAACAUUUUAAGAAGCUGCUUGCUAAGGCUGAGCUGAGGAGGGUCCAGCAGUAUGCUGUGGAUGUGAGUCUUGAUCCUGAUACAGCACAUCCUGAGCUCAUCUUGUCUGAUGAUGGAAAACAAGUGAAUUUUGGUAAUGUGAAUCAGACUCUUUCAGACAACCCAAAGAGAUUCACAGUUUUUGCAAAUGUUUUAGGAAGGCAGGGUUUCUCUUCAGGCAGAUUUUACUUUGAGGUUCAGGUUAAAGGAAAGACUGACUGGAUUUUAGGAGUCGCCAGAGAAUCAGUGAACAGGAAGGGAGGAAACUCAGUAAAGCCUCAGGAUGGUUUCUGGGCUCUAUGGCUGAGGAACAACAACGAGUACACAGUCUGUACUGGCCCAGCAGCCGUUCUCUCUUUUCAGUCUGCUCCUGAUAAAGUGGGAGUGUUUGUGGAUUAUGAGGAGCGUCUGGUCUCCUUUUAUGAUGUGUAUGCAGCAGCUUUUAUCUACUCCUUUACUGGCUGCUCCUUCACUGAGAACCUUUACCCAUGUUUCAAUCCCUGUAAUAAUGAUAAUGGUAAAAACUCUGCACCUCUUGUGAUCACUCCUAUCAAUCGCAUUAACUAGACAAGAAAAGUUAUUACAUUUUAUUUGAAAGUGGUCUGUGAAAAGAUUGUAAUGCUGUUUUAUUGUUCUCUUUUACAACAUGUUUCUCAAUGCUGAAUUUUCAUCAUUUCACACUCCCCCACAAUUACAGUUUUCUCCCUUUAAGAGGGAAAACAGGAUGUCUAGUCUAGUAUCAUUUAAACCA